AUGAAACAUCUGGAUCGCAUCUUAAAACACGUCCAUCACAAGGAUAAACACCACGAGGACCACCACCACCACCACCAUCAUCACGAACAUCAGAAGCCCCAGUCCCAAAGCACAACUCCAGCGGCCUCUCCGCCCGAGUCCCACCCGACGGGUCCACGGCACGUCUUUGCCCAUUUCAUCAUUGGAAAUACGUAUUCCACCACACCAGAGCAAUGGGAGUUUGACAUAAGCGAGGCCAAGAAGGCCCAUAUCGACGGCUUUGCGUUAAACAUUGCCCCCCAGGACCAUCACACCGACCAAUCCCUCCACGCCGCCUACGAUAUCGCCGAGAGGCUGGGAGGUUUCUCCCUUUUCCUGUCGUUUGACUAUGCGUCGGGCGGCCCAUGGCCCGCCGACCGGGUGAUCUCCACCAUCAACACCUACAAACACCGCGCCGCCCAGUUUCGUUGGCAAGGCCGGCCCAUGGUGUCCACGUUCGAAGGGCCCGGUAACGCGGGAGACUGGCCCAACAUCAAGCACGCUACCGGGUGCAUGUUCAUCCCCGACUGGACCAGUCUGUCUCCGGGGGGUAUCGGGGGUGUUUUGGACACUAUCGACGGGGCCUUCAGCUGGGACGCCUGGCCCGUGGGUGCCCAGGGCAUGACGACUGCCAGUGAUGAGGCCUGGUCCAAGGCGAUCGCCGGAAAGCCGUACAUGAUGCCAGUAUCCCCCUGGUUCUACACCAAUCUUCCUCAGUGGAACAAGAAUUGGCUGUGGCGGGGGGAUGAUUUAUGGCACGACCGGUGGAAGCAGGUUAUCGACUUCCAGCCCCCUCUCGUUCAGAUCCUCAGCUGGAAUGACUACGGCGAGUCCCACUAUAUCGGUCCAAUCUACAAGGCGGGACUGCCCGAGGGGUCCUCGCGAUACGUUUCCAGCUGCCCGCACGACGCCUGGCGUGUGCUACUCCCCUACUACAUCGACGCCUACAAGCGGCAAGGCGGGGCCGCCGACCUGAACAACCCCCGGUAUCCCGUCUCCUUCACCGAGAAGAUUGUGUACUGGUACCGACGCACCCCGGGGCACUGCGGGAACUCGGACGGGACGACGGGAAACAACCCGGCCUUUGGUCAACCCGCCCUAGCGCCGUCCGAGCUGUCCCAAGACCGAGUCUUUGUGACCGUUGCGCUCGCCAAACCGAGUGAGCUCCACGUGCAAAUCGGGUACGCGACGCCCACGGUGCUCCAGGCCACCCAGCCGGGCAUCAACCACUUCUCGGUGCCCUUCCACGGGCAGGUGGGACCGGUCCGCUUUGUGAUUGUGCGCAAGCACCGGGAGAUCGCGACGGCCACGGGGCCCGCCAUCACCGACGUCUGGAUCUCCCCAUGCCUGAGGCCGGCGUCAUCCUCCCUUCUCCGCAUCUUCCUCUCUUUCUCCUCUUUCUCCCUUCAUCUCCACUUCAUCUCUCUCACUUCAUCCAUCUCAGUGCAACUCUCGAAUUAUUACUUUAUUCUAUAUACUCUAUCACUCUCAACGCUAUACCAUCCCACCACCAUGACCAAGAAAUGCUUUUCAGAGCUCCAAACCGAGUCAUGGAGGCCUCCAGUCCCUCCAUUGACUCAAUCACCACCCACCACCCUUCCAUCGCGGUCCACUACCGAGGAUACCUCUCCGGGCGCUGCCUCCUCUCCCGGUGCUGCCAUCUCUCCGGGCGACUAUUCCCAACCGUACUGUGAUUUCAUGACCAACAAUCCCACCACCUUCCAUGCCAGCGGCUACCGCCGUCUCUCAGAGCGAGACACUUGGACAAACAGGCUGCAGCGGGGCGGAAAAUACUACUGCUCGCGGAACGGAAGCUCGUUCAUCGCCUUCUCCAUCGGCAAGAACUACCGCACCGGGAACGGCAUGGCCAUCGUCGCCGGCCACAUCGACGCCCUCACCGCCAAACUGAAGCCCGUCUCCAAGCUCCCCUCCAAGGCCGGCUACGCCCAGUUGGCCGUCGCCCCCUACGCGAGCGGUCUGGGCCCGACCUGGUGGGACCGGGACCUGUCCAUCGGCGGCCGCGUCAUCGUGCGCGACUCCGACUCCGGCAUGGUCAAGUCCAAGCUGGUCAAGCUGGACUGGCCCAUCGCGCGCAUCCCCACCCUGGCGCAGCACUUCGGCGCCCCAUCGCAGGGCCCCUUCAACAAAGAGACCCAGAUGGUGCCCAUCAUCGGGGUCGACAACUCCGACCUCUUCCAGGCCCCCGCCGCCGCGGAUGCCAGCAUCAAGCCCGGGGACUCGUUCGCCUCUUCUCAACCCGAGAAGCUCGUCCGCGUCAUCUGCAAGGAACUGCAGAUCCACGACCCGGACACUAUCCUCAGCUGGGAGCUGGAGCUGUACGACAGCCAGGCGGCGCGGCUCGGCGGCCUCGAGAAGGACCUGAUCUUCGCGGGCCGCAUCGACGACAAGCUCUGCUGCUACGCCGCGCAGGAAGCACUCCUGGCAUCGUCCGACGACAAGGCCACCGAAACAGUCAAAAUGGUCGGCAUGUUCGACGACGAGGAAAUCGGCAGCCAGCUGCGCCAAGGCGCCCAGUCCAACUUCAUGAGCAGCGUAUUCGAGCGCAUCACCGAGGCAAUGGCCCCAUCAGCAGACUACUACGGACCCAACCUGGUCUCCCAGACCGCGGCAAACAGCUUCUUCGUCUCCUCAGACGUCAUUCACGCCGUCAACCCCAACUUCCUCAACGCCUACCUCGAGAACCACUCCCCGCGCCUCAACGUCGGCGUCGCCGUCUCCGCAGACUCAAACGGCCACAUGACCACCGACAGCGUCAGCUACGGCUUCAUCCAGCGCGUCGCUGAUAAAUGCGACGCCAAACUCCAGGUCUUCCAUAUCCGCAAUGACUCCCGCUCUGGGGGCACCAUCGGCCCCAUGACUAGCUCUCGUCUUGGCUUCCGCGCUAUCGACGUCGGCAUCCCCCAGCUGAGUAUGCAUAGCAUUCGUGCGACCACUGGUAGUUUGGAUCCGGGGCUGGGCGUCCAGCUGUUCAAGGGGUUCUUUGAUCAUUUUGAGGAGGUGGAUCGGGAGUUUGCUGAUUUGUAG